AUGUCAUCCGGCGGUAUCGCCAUCGGAAUGGCCCAAAGUCAUGGACCCCUCUCGAGGACGAAUACCACGCCCAUCUUCCCGACGCGGAGUGGUUUGGCGCAGACCAUGAGCCAUACGCCUAGCUCGAGAUCAUCCCAAAUGUCUAACCCCUCGACAACCUUCACAUCCUCCUCCACAACGUCACUGCCCUCUAUGUCAAGCGCUUCCACGAUGCAAGCGCCGGCGAAUGGGGGACAAGUGGUCGCAACAAAUAAUAUCAUUAAUCAGAAAGCCGAUGCGUCGCGGAGUUUAUACCAAAUAUGUGUUAUGCUGCGGAAUCGUCUCGCACAGGUGCCCGGCUUCGAUGUCCAUCUAAAUGAAUUGGAAGAGGAGGAGGGCGGGGAUGAUAUGGACCCGGUGUCAUCGUUAUGGGCGUGCCUGCGGAAAGGCACUCCCUUGAUGACGAUAUAUAAUUCUCUUCGGCCACCGGUCCCUUUACAAAUAGCCGUCGAUAAUGGACCCGAGAAAAAGAGACCUAAAAAUCUACCCAAGAUGGCGGCGUUCAAAUUUGUGGAGGCAUGUUUGAAGGGAGAGUUGCAGUUGGAUGCUGGGGAAUGCUUUGCUCUAACGGAUCUCUUUGGUGAUGAUACUACAGGUUUUGUUAAGGUCACCCAAAUCAUCAAUAAGGUCCUCGACGAAGCUGAAGUGCGAGGCAAUCUAAGGGUCGUGCAAACAGAUACAACCACUUCAACAACUCCUGCUGGAGCACAGAUGAGUUACAGAGACCACGUUGUUGGCGAGUUAGUGGAUACAGAACGGAAGUACGUUCAAGAUUUGGAGAAUCUGCACGAACUCAAGAAGACAAUAGAGCAAAAGGGGGUCAUCCCUGGGGAUGUGGUACAUGAUAUCUUUCUCAACAUCAACUCAAUUCUGGAUUUUCAAAGACGGUUUCUCAUCAAAAUUGAAACAACCAAUUCUCAACCCCAGGACAAGCAAGAAUGGGGCUUACCGUUUGCCAAUUACGAAGAGUCCUUCAAUAUUUACAAGCCAUUCAUAGCAAAUCAGCGGAAGGCUGCCGACAUUGCCAAGAAGGAAUUUCACAAAAUUACCUUGGCAGACCACCCCGUCGUCGUGGAUUUUAAUACUCUAGAUGGGUUCUUACUCAAGCCAAUGCAACGCUUAGUAAAAUAUCCGUUACUCCUAAAGGAUCUACGUGACAAGACGAAUGCCGAUGAGGCAACAAAACUCGAUCUAACCACGGGCAUUGAAGCAGCAAAUCGGGUGCUCAAGGAAGCCAAUGAAGCUGUCGACCAGGAACUGAGACGCGAGGCACGAGAAAACCUAGAAGCUCGUGUCGAAGACUGGAAGCACCACCAGAUUGACCACUUCGGAGAACUGUUAUUGCAUGGACACUUCCCAGUAGUCACAGGCAAAACCGACGGGCAGAAAGAAUACACAAUAUAUCUCUUCGAGCGAAUCCUUCUUUGUUGCAAAGAAGUCAGCCCAAAGGACAAGAUAAUGGGAACCCAGAAAGACAAAAAGGAUAAGAAUAAGAAGAAGGACCCGAAUUCAAAACUCCAACUUAAGGGGCGAAUUUUCAUGACUAAUGUCACAGAGGUUGUCUCGCUCGCAAAGCAGGGCUCUUAUACAGUGCAGAUUUUCUGGAAGGGCGACCCCGGAGUUGAAAGCUUCAUUAUCAGGUUCUCGAAUGAUGACUCAAUGAAGAAGUGGUACACUGGAAUUGAUGGUCAACGGAAAGCGCAUACGAACAUCCAGUCUGGUACCAGCCCUGAUGCAACGCCUCCUGAUUUCGCUUGGAUGCGAGAUCAAACUGCAGCAAUGCAAAACCCUUACGCACAACAAGAUGAUGAGGACGAGGAUGAGGAGCACAAUCAAGCAUACCAAGGACAGCCUAUUCAAGGAAUGCCUCGGAACGCCUCCAGCACCAGUCUACGUUCGAGGGCUGCGACCGGUGACAGUGGACAGUCACUAGCUGGGAUCGCUCGGGCACCACCACCAAGAUUUCCUCUAGGCUUCUCGAACCCGCCUCUUAGCCUACAGACUCAGAUAAAUACUCAAAUGCCUUCUCCCGGUCAACGAAUGGGCGAUUCGUAUUUCUCCCCUGUAGCUGAGUCCCCUGCUUCUUCCAGAACAAGCACAACCUCAUCAAUGUUCCCAUUUCCGCGCCAAGGAACGCCACAAGGAACCUGGGAAGAUCACAACCGUUACACGGCACCUGCAAUGCCGCGUGCACCGUCACGGGGCAGUCAAACACCUAUGGAUGCGUAUCAGAUGAAUGGCCGAACUCCCCAGAGGCCUUCACUUCCUGCCAUGGCUUCGCACUCGCAACAGCCUAGUUUAUCACAACAGCGGAGUCGGUCCUAUAGUACCCCUGAUAUCACCGCUCAAAAUGGGGCUCGACGCGCUCCCAAUGGUGCUCCCAAUAGCCAGGUUCCUGCAGUGCCUGGAAUUCCAGCUCACCUGCACCCAGCUUAUGACGCGGGUAUUCCAAGAUCUCAGAACAAUUCUCCCAACGGCCUGCCGAUGAGGUCCAAUACGCAAUCGCCAGGCGCCCAGCGGGAUCGUCUAGGAGCACCAUCGCCAUAUCCUAAUGGGCCGCAAUAUUCUAAAAGCAAUAUGGCACCCAUACCUGUAAAUUCAGAUAACCGAACAAUGUCGCCUCCUCUUGGCAGCGCCAUGUCCGGCGAUAGCGAUGGUGCAUUGCCCACACAACUGAAAGUCAAGGUUAACUGUGACGGAAACUAUGUCACGCUUGUGGUGGCUUUCAAUAUUACAUACCAGUCCCUAAUCGAUCGAAUCGACGCCAAAGUGGGCCGAUUUUCGAAUAACGCAAUUGCACGAGGUACGAUGAGGUUGAGAUAUCGCGACGAAGACGGGGACUUUGUCACCAUCGAAUCAGAUGAUGACGUCCAAAUUGCCUUCCAGGAGUGGCGAGAAGCACAGAAGGCCCAAUACCAUGCCGGCCAGCUUGGAGAGAUUGAGCUAUUCUGCCUCAGUGUCCCGAAUUAG